UGCAGAGGCGUUUCCUCUUGCCCACCAAUGAAGGCCGAAACCAAAAACACCCCACCGCGUUAAAGCGCUUAUAAUAAAGACACAUCUACAUCCACAUCCACAUCCACACAGCUCCAUGUGAAGUUGCAACCAACCAAACCCAUUAGUCUUUAGAGAAAACACCCAAUCCAAUCCCCUCUUCAUUCGCCAUAGCUGCAUCACCACCAUCAUCGCAUCAUAGAGGCCGCAACAUCCCCAUCAUUAUCAUCAUACAACCGUCUCUUAUCUCCUCCUCUCUCUCUCUCUCUCUCCUAUAAAUAAAUACCCCCACUCUCUAAGUAACCCCUCAAUCUCUCUCUCUGCUUCUCACUGAUAGUAGUAACUGCCCUCUGUUCUCUCUUUCUCUCUCUCUUGUCUCGCAAUUUUGUAAUGGGGAAGAAGAAGAACAAGAACGGCCACAACCAUGACCACGACCACGAAGGGGAGAAGAAGGAGGAGGAGGUAGUACAGAAGAAGGAAGCAGGCGACGGUGGAGACAAGAAGGAUGGUGGAAAGAAUCCUCCGGCCAUGGUUUUCAAGGUAGAAAUGCACUGCGAGGGCUGCGCAACUAAGAUAAUCAAAUUGGCUCGUCGUUUGGAAGGUGUGGAAAGCGUCAAAGCAGACCCCGAAGCAAACAAGUUAACUGUGAUAGGGAAAGUGGAUCCUUCCCAGAUUCGAGAGAUUCUCCACCAAAAGACCAAGAAGAAGGUGGACCUCAUCUCUCCUCAGCCCAAGAAGGAAGAUUCUAACAACAAAGAUGACAACAAGAAAUCCAGCGACAAGAAGCCAGACGCCGAUAACAAGAAACAAAAAGAGGCACCGGUGACGUCGGCGGUUAUCAAGGUGGCAUUCCACUGUCUGGGAUGUAUCGAGAAAAUUCACAAGAUCGUUACCAAGGCCGAAGGUGUGCAGGAGCUGACAGUGGACAAGCAAAAGGAAACGGUAACCGUCAAGGGGACCAUGGACGUGAAGGCGUUGACUGAGGCUUUGAAGAACAAACUCAAAAGACCCGUGGAGAUUGUUCCACCCAAGAAGGAGAAAGACGGAGGUGGAGGAGGCGAUAAGGACGGCGAGAAUGCCGGCGGCGGAGGCGGGAAGAAGAAAAACAAGGGUGGUGACGGCCAAGAUAAAGCUGGUGGCGGCGAUGCUGCACCUAAAAUGGAAGGGAACAGAAUGGAGUAUGUGAUGCAACCGGUUUUCGGGUACGGCCCGGGUCCUGGGUUUGGAUAUGUGGAGCAGCCUGUGCAUGUGUAUGGGAACGGGCACAUGGGUCAGCCUAUGCCUGUGUAUGGGAACGGGCACAUGGGUCAGCCUAUGCCUGUGUAUGGGAACGGGCACAUGGGUCAGCCUAUGCCUGUACCUGUGCCUGUUCAUGAUUACGGGUACGGGUACGGACAUGGGCAAGUCCCGGGUUAUCCAGUGCACAUGAAGUUCAAUGAUGAGAACCCAAAUGCCUGCUCUGUAAUGUGAAGAUGGAUGGGAAAAUAAGAGUGUAAAUAAUAAAAUAAAGAAGAAAGGAGAGAGAGAGAGAGAGAGAGAGAGAGAAGGAAAUUUUGGGUUUUAGUUUAUGGGUUGGGAUAAUAAAAAAUCUAGUUGGUUGGAUGGUGUUUAAUCUUUUUUUUUUUAAUUAUAAUUUUCUGUGUAAUGUUUUGAUUUGUGGACUUGAAUAUUUUGAUUAAUUAAAUUAAGUAAUUAUCUUCUGCUGAUAA